AUGGCAUCCAACUCUUUUUUACUAGCUUCCCUCUCCUUUUCCACUGCUAAAUCCUCAUCUUUUCUCUUCUUUGUUUCCUCUUCAUCAUUCACAGUUGUUUCUGCCUUUUCUGCUCUAUUCAUUUUUGUCUCUAUGGCCUUUUUGUUUGUUUCUUUCUUUUGGCUUUUUUCACUCUUCUCUUUUGCUACUUGUUCAGCUAUUUUCUUUGUCUCCCCCUCUUUGCUUCUCCUUCCUGCCUCGUCGUCAUUCUUUUUUGCUGCUGUAGAUUCUCCUGUUCUCACCUCCUCCUUUUUCUUUACUACUGCUUCUUCCUCCACCUUUCUCUUUGCUGCAUCUUUCUCCUUUUCCUUUGUUGCUACUGCUUCUUUUCUCCUCAUUUCCAUCUCCUCCCUUCUUCUCGCUGCUUCUUCUUCCUCUUUCUUUCUCCUUGCCAAUUCUUCCUCCUCUUUCUUUCUCCUUGCCAAUUCUUCCUCCUCUUUCUUUCUCCUUGCCAAUUCUUCCUCCUCUUUCUUUCUCCUUGCCAAUUCUUCCUCCUCUUUCUUUCUCCUUGCCAAUUCUUCCUCCUCUUUCUUUCUCCUUGCCAAUUCUUCCUCCUCUUUCUUUCUCCUUGCCAAUUCUUCCUCUUUUCUCUCCUUGCCAAUUUCUUCCUCCUCUUUCUUUCUCCUUGCCAAUUCUUCCUCCUCUUUCUUUCUCCUUGCCAAUUCUUCCUCCUCUUUCUUUCUCCUUGCCAAUUCUUCCUCCUCUUUCUUUCUUCUCGCUGCCAAUUCUUCCUCCUCUUUCUUCCUCUUUGCUUCCUCCUCCUUUCUCCUUGCUGCUUCUUCCUCUUUCUUUCUUCUUGCCACCUCUUCUUUCUUUCUCCUUGCCUUCUCUUCCUCCUCCUUUCUUCUUGCUGCCUCUUCCUCCUCUUUUUUUCUUGCUGCCUCUUCCUCCUCUUUUUUUCUUGCUGCCUCUUCUUCCUCCUUUCUUCUUGCUGCCUCUUCCUCCUCCUUUCUUCUUGCUGCCUCUUCCUCCUUUUUCUUUCUCCUCACUGUCUCUUCCAUUCUCUUUCUUUCUUCUCUUUUCACAGCCUCUUUUAAUUGCUCUUUUUUCUUUGUUUCUUCUUGCUCUCUUUCUUUCUUCAAUUUUUCUUCUUCUGUUUUCUUAUUUUCUUCUUUUUUCUUUUCAGUCUCAGCUUUGCUUUGUUUGGUUUCCUCUCUAUUUUCCAUUUCCUCUUUCUUUUUUUCUUCUUCCUUUUUCCUUUGA